GUGUCCUCUGGCGGGUGCCGCCGUUGUCUCCCCAGGGAGCAGGGCCCGGCAGAGCUGCGGGAAGCGGCCGGUGCCCGAGCCUCGGCAGAGCUGGCUCCCCCAGCGCCGCUGCCUUUCGGCCUCGCUGUUGGCUGGAGCUGUGCUAGAAACCCCCGCAAGGUGUGGGAAUCUGAAGCACCUCCCUCAGAACCCCCCCGCCCAGCUCCAGUGCUGGUGCAGCUGGGGGCCAACUGGUUCCCGUGUGGUCUUGAGGUACUGGGACCAGUGGUGGAAUGAGAGGCUGGCAGCAGGCAGCCUUGUCUUACAUGGGCUUAGGAGCCAUUUAAUCUGUUAGGGAGCAAUAACCUGCUGGAAAUCCUUGAACAUCCCCUGAAUUCCCUUCUCUGGGGACUGGCAGAAGGCUGUUGCAUCAUAAGUUACCCAAGUUCUGCUUCCAGAAUCAGCUGAUGUGGAGCCUGGAAGUCCAGACCCAGCUGCAGUUCAGUGACUUGGGAAGGUCAUGGCUGUAAAGAAACCAUUUCCUUGUCAGCAAACUAUAUAAACACCUCCCAAUGUGCUUUUUGUAAGCCAGUUCCAGCAAAAAAAAAGGCUUUGUUUGGUUCUCUUUCAAGUCCUGAUUGGUUAGGAGCUUGACUACCAGACUGCUGCACUCUGUAGGACUAAAUCCACAUUUAAUUUGGUUUUAUUUGCUUUUUGUUUCCCUUUGAAGCACUUGGGCACUUGUAGUUAAAUUGCAGAACUCAGGCAAGUGGUGUCUAGUGGGAGCUGCCCUGUGCACUGUGAAGGUUUUCUAUGGACUGAGCUGAUUCCUGAGGUAUUUUCUCCCCUCAGUUUGGUUGCUUUGUUAUUCUGAAAGUGCUGGUUUUUAUUAUUUGGACAGGUUGACAAGAGGAAGCAGCAGAACUGCCUGGAGUUUAGUCCUGGAAUAGGUAACCCCCCUGGGCAAGACAAAAGGUAUUCCUUGGAAUCUGCCUGUAGGAGAGGGCAGGAAAUACCUUUCCUUAGGCCAGGCUCUCCUGCUGGGAGGCAAAUGCAGGGCUCUCAGGUCAAAAGAUUCAGGUUAGUGUGAGUCCUCACUGAGAGGAAAACAGGUUUUGGUUGUGAAUACCUUUAAACUAUUGAAUUUUACAGGAAGAACCUUUAUCUCCUGAUCUUUCAUCCCAGCUUGUGCUUUGUAUGAAUGUGCUGGGGGCUGAGAUGCUGAGUGUCCUCUGAGCUCCCUGGCAGACUCAGUCCCUUGCUCAGCUUUUCCUCACCCAAAAAAGACUUUAUUUAUCUUUGAAGGACAGAGGUGGGGGCUGGGAGACUGGCAGGGCCUGUGAGGCCUUAUUUAAUACUUUGUGUGCUCUGUGCUUCAAGGUCUUAAAGAAUAGAAUUUGUGAAGCUGGUGGCUGGUGUUAGAAGGACUGAUUUACAGCAGCUCUGGAGGAGAAGGUUGGAGCUGAGACGUGGGGAUUCUUUUCUGAUCAAAGGGCAGCAGGAUGAGGUGAACUUCAGAGCAGGUUCCUGGAGCUGUGAGCAGAAGGCACAGGCUCCCUGAGACACAUGGAUGACCCUUCCCCUCAGGCCUUUGGGCUUGGGCUUUGUCAUGAGUUCAGACCUCCAGUUCCCAGGCCCAAAAGGCUGCUGGAUUCCUCAGAGCAGGUUCAGGCCCUGCAGUCAGCUAAGAAAGCUUGUGUGGGGAGUCACCUCUGGAGCACUCCAGAGGAACUGCCUCUCUGUUCCCCAGAUUACUCCUUUCAAGAAUCCUGUCAUUUUCUGGAUAGUUCUGGCUAUGAUGACCUUGCUGCCAGUUCUUCUGCAUCAAAAUAUGAUGAUGUGGCCAUUUCUCUAGACACAACCAGAUGCUUUGAUGAUGAGCCAGAUGAUUCCUUGUUGGAACUGUCAGAGAGUGAAGGGAAUUCUUCUUUCAAUUACACUGAGGAAGAGAUCCAGGAAAUCCUGGCAGAUGAUGGUGUGGAAUCCAAGUGGUACCUGACUAGAAGCAGCACUCUGAGCCAAAAUGGAGAUGAAGAGAGGGAAAAUGAGGAGACCAGCAGCUGCACUGGGACAUCAUUCCUCAGAGAUGAUGAAGACACAGCCUCAGAGAUGGCAGAGCCACCAAAUGAACCUCUGUCCAGAGAGGGUUCUCCACUUGGAUAUGAGUGUUAUCCCACCCUUCCAAGGGGAAGGGCUGGGUUGGAUGAGAACCAGCUGCAGUCGGCCCAGGUGACUCGCAAGUUGUUUGAACUUGACCUCCAGGAGCUUCUGAGCCUCAGCCCCAUUGAUGCUGACUGUGAAGAUCAGCCUCUGGAGGGCAUUUCUUUGGAGGAAGCCAAGAGAGAAGCUUCAGAAGCAGUCAGGAAUGAUGAGAAAACUGCCAGGAGCUGCAUUCCUGAAGAAUCCUUGGAGGAGCUGGUGGCUGAUGGCCAGCAAAGCCUGCAGAGUUCACCUGAGGAUAGUUCCCCCCCUGGGCUGCCAAGGACCCCCACACCUUCAACUGGAUCCAGAGACCAAGAACUUUCUGGAGCAACAGGGAGCUGCUUUUCAGGGAAGCUGCACUCUCCAGAGGAUGAUGGGAGGCAGGAACUCUCAGAAGCUGAACAACCAUCCAGCAGCACCAAAUUAAGUGAUGCAGCUGAAGGCCAGAAUGGGCAGGAAGAGACAACCAGUGGGAAAAACCCUGGCAAAGCAGCUCCUGUGCCACAGGAAAAGGAAAGACUGAACCAAGGGACAUGGAAUUGGGAAGCAGAGCUUGAGCAAAGGAGACAUUUCUCUCCAGAGUGUGCAUGUCUGGAUGAAGAGAGGAGUAGCUGCUACAGCAGGGACCCUUCCUCAGGUGAGCUGCCAUCCUAUAGUCCCCAGGGAUGUGUGUCCCAGCCCUGCCUUAUUCGUCCCCACCUUGGACCCUCCUGGCAAGAGCAGGUCAGAACAUCCCCCGUGCAGCAAGGAGGCCCAAGCAGUGAAGAUUGCCCUUAAUCCCCUCUUAAUGCUGAUACCUCCUUCUAGCCUCUCAUUAAAUGCUUUGCUGAUUA